AUGGCUUCUGUAAAGAAAUCGUCGUCGUCAACCUCUGUUCUUUGUGUACUUGAACAAAGAACAUUGUUCGAUUAUUUACCUGAAACUCUCCUUCGCAAGAGCUGCAAAACAAACCUAUUAUUCGUCUUUCUUUCGCUUCUUUUCUUCACUUUCUUCUUUUCUUAUUUCGUCUCUCGCACUGUAAUCUCGCCACCCGACUUCGCCUUCCUUCCCGCAAACAUCUCCGUGCCAUCACCAAACAACUCAGGUGCCAACUUUUCCAAUAACGUGCUAAGGGAACAAGUCAAUAAGGUCUCUCGACACACUCGUCACGUGUCCUCCAUUCAAGAUUCUGAUAAAUUAAAGUCCGCUUCCGUUCUUUUUCCGGAUUGGGAGGUUCUUGCAAUCGUCUCGCCCGGGACACUGUCCGAUUCUGUGGACGGUUUGUAUUGUUUUUUUUCAACCAAAGAAAUUUCUAAGGCUAGAUUUUCGGGGGUUUUGCCGUUUACGAAUCUCACGACGUUUAAAUGUAAUAUGCCAAAAAGAUUUCGCCGUCAACGGCCGUUCUUUCAACCGGUUUUGACGAAACAUCCAGAGAAAGAAGAAGAAUCUCUCAUUACAGAAGCUUCCGCCAAGGAGCUCAUCAGAACCAACUUCUACGUGUACGAGGCGCUUUCAACGGAGAACGACGUCGCUUUGUUCGCUAAAGGCGUGAACAGACAUCAAGGAUUCAGCAGACCUCCUCAAGAGUUAAAGUGCGUAUUUGGUGAUGAUAAUGAUGCUAAAACCGCCGUUAGAACUCCCGUAACCAGCUCAUCACAAGAGGUCUUCAGGUGUGCUCAACCGGACUUAACGGCGUUUACUUCUAACAAGCCAAUCAAAGUCUCCAUAGAAAUCACGAAUGACAAUCUGAUCGUGCCUUCCGUGGCGUACNUAUGA